AUGCUAAAUCUACUUCAUGUAAGGCUUCGAAUAUGGCUUGAAGAAUUAAAAUAUCUAUUUCUUCGAAUGCAAAACCUAUCACAAGCAGUAUUCAAUCACUUAGUAACUACAGUAUUACCAAGUUCCAAACUCGCAGAUGAAGAUUUCCAACAGCUUCUUAAGAAAUCUAAAUUAAUGUUUAACAAAUUUUACCACACUUUUAAUAAAGAUCUCAAGAUACUUGCCAAAGGCUAUAUUAAUAAUUAUAGCAAUGAAGAUACAAAUUAUCUAGAUGAAAGUACAUUAAACACAUAUAUUAAUCACGAUGUUUCAACAAAAAUUCUGCAAAAGUAUCUCUCAAACACUAGAGAAUUAGAACUUGCAGAUAAGACACAAGAAACCAAUUGUGAGUUCAUUUCAUACAAACAAGUUUUAGAAGAUAUCAAAAAUAUGGACCAAAUUACUAUAUCACUUGACAUUCCAACACAAGUACUAUAA